AUGGCAUACCAGUUCUUUUCAAAGAACCAGACAAGACUAGCGACUUCUCCGUCUUCGCUGUCUCCUCCACCGACCAGCCGCCAACCUGUGCGGCCUCCUAUCCACCCCCCGCCAGUUCACCCGCCUCAAUCAGCCGUCGCAAACACGUCCGGCCCGAGACACUCGAAAGAAGAAAUAUUUGACCCCUAUCUUCACGAUAUUCCAGCUGGUGUGACGACUCCACACCCCCAUAUAACAGUCGAGAAAGUCAAUACGGCGCAUAUCCCUUCCUUGACGCGGAUCACGGGCUUACUCCUUCCCAUCCGCUACCCGAACGCGUUCUACACAGCUAUCAUAACUGAUCCGGUGAUCGCUUCUCUUUCGCGGGUUGCUAUUUAUCAUGACCAUCCUGUUGUUGCAGCUCCCGGGUCCGGUGCAUCUGUGGGGACAGACAAAGUGAUUGGGGGCAUUCGGUGUCGGCUAGAAAGAAUCCAACAGGCAGAGGACUCAAACAAAGAGACUCAAACCCAAGGGGAUAGCACCCCCACAACUCUCUACAUUCAGACUCUACAUCUUCUCUCCCCAUAUCGGGGCUGUGGUGUUGCCGCAUCGCUAUUGAAUUCGCUUCUCUAUGCGGACCGAAAGAAGAAAGACUCAUACCAGGUGUCCGAGCUUGUCAAACACUAUAACAUUCGCUCUGUGACAGCACAUGUCCAUGAGGCAAACGAAGAAGGGUUGGACUGGUAUAUUGCUCGUGGAUUUAGGGUUGACGGCGAGGUAGCCGAAUACUAUCGGCGACUGAAGCCCUCGGGCGCGAAGAUCGUACGACUAGAUCUGAAUUGGAAUGAAGAAGAUGAUACACAUGCUCCGAAAGAAAGCAGUUCCCAGACUGUCAGUCCUCCCCGGGAGGUAGAAGAUGAGGACUGGGAGAAGGUGGAAGCGGAGGAUGGAGAAGAAGGCGACCAUGGAAUACAGCAUUUGAAUGAGUCGCAAGUCCUUGAAAAACAGGAUACACCUUCGCGCAAGCGCAAAGCUGAAGACGACAAACACAAACCUCUAGUCCGGUGA